AUGGCAGUUCCUGCAUAUGCUAAUAUUCAUUGGGAUGGUAAUACUAUAAAUAAUUGUAAUGGUUACGAUUAUGAUGGAGGUUUUUCAAAGAUUAUUCCAAUGGGUAAACGGAUAAGUUUUAAUCAAUUGAUCGGUAAAAUUGCUCGUGCAAUUGGAUUAUCCGAGAAUAAUGAAUUUGUAGAGACAAUUAGUUUUAGAAAGCCUACAAUUGUGGAUGGAUCCUUAAAAUUUGAAUGUAUGGAGAUAUGGGUGAAGAUGAUGUAUCUAAUACUUCGUUGUGUUGAUACUACAAAUGAGAAUGCUGAUAUUGGUCCAUCUGAAACUGUUGUGGAAUCAAAUAAUGAACCAUGGCCGUCAAUUAAUUUAUCUGAUACAGUAGGGAAUGAGAACGAGGAUGAGGAUGAGGACGAGGAUAACGAUGACGAUGAUUCAUGGAUGUCUACUGAGGAUGAUGAGGAUGAUAAUGGUCAGGAGGAUAGUGGGAGUGAGUCUCGAUAUUACAACACACAAUUUCCUAAUCCCAUUGUGCAUGUUGUUCAUCCUUCCCUAUACACAGAAAUAGACUUCGAUUUGCUGAGGGUGGAUCCUUAUGAUAGGCUAGAAGGUCAUUCCUUCUGGGAUCCUUCUAAAAAGUUUUCAGUUGGGAUGAUAUUUUCUUCGAGAGAUGUAGUGGCUGCGACUGUAAAAGAAUAUCAUCUAAGACAUCAUCAUCAAUUUUGUUAUCAUGAAACAAGAGAGAAGACUUAUUCUAUAAAGUGUAAAGACAAAGACAGUGGGUGUGCAUGGAGGCUUCGAGCAUCCAAGAAAGAAGGAGAGGAUAUAUGGAAAAUUAUGAAAUACAGUGGACCGCACACAUGUACAAAUUCUCAGUUGACAAAAAACCAUAGCCAAUUGGAUGAAAAUUCCAUUUGUUCAUUCAUCUUUGCAUUAAUUGAACAGCAGCCCGAUAUAAAAAUUGCUGCCUUACAAGCUGAAGUGUGGGAUAAAUUUGGGUACAAGCCGUCUUAUCAGAAAACAUGGAAAGCUAAGCAGAAGGAAAUUGCAAGGCUUUAUAGGGGUUGGGAUGAAUCUUACAGUCGUUUGCGUAGAUUCAUGACUGCUCUUCAUCAUUUUAACCCAGAAACAGUAUACAUGAUUGAAGAUAAUCCACAUUGGAUAAACGAGCGAUUAAAUCCGAUGUGUCGUAUAUUUGACCAUAUGUUUUGGGCUUUUAAGCAAUCGAUUGAGGGAUUUAAAUAUUGCCGACCUGUUAUCUCAAUCGAUGGGACAUUCUUAUAUGGAAAAUACACUGGGUAUAUACUGUGUGCAAUCGCACUCGAUGGAAAUAAUAAACUAUUUUCAUUAGAUUUUGCCAUUGUUGAUAAGGAGGAUGGUGACAAUUGGUCAUGGUUUAUGGAUUGCUUAAGGAUCUUUGUGACCAAUUGA